CUAGCCGUUCCUCUAAUAAGCGGGUGAGGGAGGGAGAACCAGUGGACCAUCCUGAAGCCUCUUCAUCGGCUCUUAUCGAGCUCACAAAACGAUCAGAAAGUUCACUCUUGCAUUUUAUAAUGGCCGAUGGAUUCAGCCCAUUAUGAUUUCUCAAGCAAUCCAGCUAUCAUGUGAAAAGAAUGAUUUGACGUACCUGGGCGUAAUAAAUUGAUUCAGUGGGUGGUCAACUAUUGGAAAUGGUUUUUCUCAUGUCUCUGACAGAAUACAGUAACUUGUGGAAUGCAGAAGUCAAGGUAAGCCUGCCCCUAGCUUUCCAUGUUUUAUAUUAGGUGGAGUAAUGUGCUCUUGUUGCUAUUCAGCAUGCAAAAACACAUUCCAAGUAACAGUGGUUAGGCUGUUGACUUCUUGGUGUUAGCAGAUGCCUAAUGGGGGAAACUGCAAGUGUAAUUGUUUUUUAAAGGGGAAUGUCUCGCCUUCAUGUGAUAUGCUUUGGAGACCCAGAGCUGAAAUUUCUCUAUCAGUAUCUUUACCUGGCAAGCAAAGAAGAAAAUAUUUUGUGUGGAAUUCAUGGACUAGAUCCUAUAAAAGAAGGCAGCCGGCUCAUAUGUUAGGGUUUUGGAUGGGGGAGACAUGGCUUACCACACGGCCUCUCAUCUCAGCCACAUCUCGAGAUGAAGACAAGAUUUUAGAAUGCUUUCAUAGUGAUUCUUUGGUCCACAAGCAAGUCCUGACUGAUCUUGCAGUCAAGGGAAUAAUUUGCUCUGAUAAAAAUGCUGCAUUUGUUAAAUGCUCACAUUCAAGGAGAACAUCUUUAGAGAGUGAACAGCCUCUUGAGGACCCAUGGCUACUACUCCAGUCUGCUCCCUUCUCUGAGUAUUUUGCACAGUCAAAUGCUUCUCGUGGUUUGACCGAUGAAGACGAGAUUGUGAAAUGCAUUAAUAGUGUUCUAGAGCCAAAGCCCUUAAAUGAAUUCAUGUUCGAGGUCGUAUCCUCUUCUGCAGAUACUGUUGCUACUAUUAAUAAAAGCUCUGAUCUUUCUAGAACUUCAUCUCAAAGUGACCACCCUGUGGAGGAGCCCUGGUUAUUCCAAUCAUCUCUCCUCUUUUUUGAAUCUAACAUGAAUGUGGGUUAUGAUUUGUCUGAGAAUGAAGGGCCUGUUAAAGAUGAGGCACUUCAUCAUGAUCAGAAUCAGCAAGUUCCAGAAAAGCUGUUACCUGAUGAAGAGAGUAAUGCAGUUUCACAGGACUCUGUUUCCACAGUUAUACUGAUUAAUUCUUCCAUAUGUACCAUGCAGAGGAUUGCUGUUUUGGAGGAUGAACAAUUGGUUGAAUUAUUAUUGGAACCUGUGAAAAAUAAUGUGCAGUGUGACAAUGUAUAUCUAGGAGUUGUCACAAAACUAGUUCCCCACAUGGGUGGUGCAUUUGUAAAUAUUGGGAGUCCUAGAUCAUCUCUAAUGGAUGUAAAGUCCAAUAGGGAACCAUUUAUGUUCCCUCCAUUUUGCCAUCGUACAAAGGAAAGAAAAGUAAAUGGUGCUGUGUCUCUGAAGCUUCAAGAACAUCAAGGAAUGACAGAAUAUGAACACAAUUCUAAUGAUGCUGACAUCGUUGAUGAGACUGGGGAACAUGAAAUCGAGGAUGAUUUGGUGCAAUACUUGCACAAUGGUUUUGAGGAGCAUGAAAUUGAUGAUGACUUUGAUGAUCCAGAAGUACUUAAGGAAAAUGUAAAUGGUAGAGUAGCUUUCUACAGAGAUGAAGCUGGUUUUGAUAGAGAUUUGGAUCAGUUAAGUGGAAGUGUGCACCAUCCUGAUAGUCACGUCGUCAAUAAAUUUCUUCCUGUAGAAACAGGAUGUGCUCAUGAUUCACAGCCUUCUCAUCUCCAAGAUAUGAAAGAUGGUAAUGGUGCAUACACAGAUGAAAGCAAGUGGGCCCAGGUUCGCAAAGGCACUAAAAUAAUAGUUCAAGUUGUUAAAGAGGGAUUGGGUACAAAAGGCCCCACGCUGACCGCAUAUCCAAAGUUAAGAAGCAGAUUCUGGAUUUUGAUGACUUGCUAUAAUAGGAUUGGAAUUUCAAAGAAAAUUUCUGGUGUUGAGCGUACACGCUUGAGAGUCAUAGCAAACACAUUGCAGCCUCAGGGCUUUGGUCUGACCGUAAGGACUGUUGCUGCUGGUCAUUCUUUGGAGGAGUUGCGGAAGGACUUGGAAGGCUUGCUUUCAACUUGGAAAGCUAUAAUGGAGCAUGCUAAAUCUGCAGCUCUUGCUGCAGACGAAGGCAUAGAAGGGGCAGUUCCUGUUUUGUUGCAUAGGGCAAUGGGACAAACACUCUCAGUUGUCCAGGAUUAUUUCUCUGAUAAGGUCAAAAGCAUGGUGGUUGACUCUCCAAGGACAUAUCACGAGGUUACCAACUAUCUUCUGGAAAUAGCUCCUGAUCUAUGUGAUCGAGUUGAGUUGUAUGGCAAACGAACUCCCUUGUUUGAUGAAUAUAAUGUUGAGGAAGAGAUAAACAAUAUCAUCAGUAAAAGGUCUCAUUAUAAACAUUUUAUGGUCGUCAUGCAAACAUCUCAGCAUACUUCCUUCCAUCUUGUUUGCAAUCGGUACUCCCUUUACUAUUUCAACUUUGCACCCUCCUUGCUUCUCUUUCCAAUUCAACCUCAGCUUCCUCACUUGGAUGGAUUAUUACAUGAACCUGUUUGGUAG